GAUUCAUGCUUGUCUCGAGAACAUCCUCUCUCAUGAUCAUGAACGAUAAACCCAAUAAACUGGUGUUCAUCCCGGUCCUGGCUGUCCUUUUCGUGAUGAUAGGCUAUCAGUACAUCUGUCCAGCAGGAAGCCAGUCGUGCCAUCUGCGGAACGGUGGUGACCCCAGAGGGCCACACGCGGCUGUCACGGACGGCGCGCCGCACGUGGAGCGCGAGCUGGAACCAGACGCCGCGUCCAAGUUCAACUUCAGCGAGCGCGAGCUGGCGCGCCGCGUCGAUUUCGACAUGAAAGGCGACGACGUGCUUGUGUUCCUGCACAUCCAGAAGACCGGCGGCACCACGUUCGGGCGUCACUUGGUGCGCAACAUGCGCCUGGAGCGACCGUGCGACUGUCAGACGGGCCAGAAGAAGUGCGCGUGCCGGCGUCCGGGCCGUGAUGAGUCGUGGCUCUUUUCGCGCUUCUCCACGGGCUGGAGCUGCGGCCUGCAUGCCGACUGGACCGAGCUCACUAACUGCGUGCCAGCCGUUAUGGACAAGAAGCGCGCUCCGAAGCGGAAAAAGAAUUUCUAUUACAUCACCAUGCUGCGGGACCCGGUGUCACGCUAUCUGAGUGAGUGGAAGCAUGUACAGCGUGGUGCCACUUGGAAAACAUCACUCCAUAUGUGUGAUGGCCGUGCACCCACCCAGGCAGAGCUACCUUCAUGUUACAGCGGCGAUGACUGGUCAGGUGUGACACUGCGAGAAUUUAUGGCAUGCCCACACAACCUGGCUAACAACCGGCAGGUGCGCAUGCUGGCUGACUUGAGCCUGGUCGGCUGUUACAACCUCUCGUCCAUGGAUGAGCGUGAACGUGGUUCAAUCUUGCUCGCCAGUGCCAUGAGUAAUCUGAAAAACAUGGCCUUCUAUGGCCUGACUGAGUUCCAGCGUAAGACCCAAUACCUGUUUGAGCACACUUUUCGGCUGCACUUCAUUGCAGCAUUUACACAGCUCAACAGUACACGCGCUGCUGGUGUGGAAUUGCGGCAAGACAUGCGCAACCGCAUCGAACGCCUCAACUUCCUCGAUGUGCAACUCUACAAGUUUGCCAAGGAGCUAUUCCUGCAGCGUGUGCAGUUUGUACGCCAACAGGAGAGGCAGGAGCGGCGCUGGCAACAUGAGCAGAAGUACCAUCAGAGUAUACGGCAGUCGGAAGAAAACCAAUCGCAGCCUACCACCACAGAAGACUAUGCCAGCCAGGUGGCACGCUGGUGA